CCGCUAAAUAUAUUUAAGUUAAUAAAUUUCCUAUAUUAAAAUGUCUGAUAGCCGCUCGAGCAGUGGCCUUAACUACAAAACACUGCUCUGCACAAAUAUACCGGAAUUGUUUCUUGACAAAUAUGUGGCGCGCACGCAUUUUGGACGCUUUGGCAAUUUGGUGAAUUUUGUGCUGCGACCUCGACGCAUGACCUGUACCGUGAGCUAUGAGAGCGAAGAGGAAGCAGCAUUGGCAUUGGAGGAUGGCAAUGUGUACAAUGGCCACAGGUUUAACAUGUGCUAUGCGGACUGCGACUCAUCUCCCGCCCACAAGACCGAAGAAUGGGUGGAUCCCGAUGUGCAGGCGGAACUAAGCGCGCUAAGCGGCUCCAAUUGGCGCAGCGAGUACAAACCAAGCCCCGCCUUCAAGCCAACAGCGCCACUAUUUGUUAGCAGUCGCAGCAACGCUGCCAUCACCAACGGCAGCAAUGAAAGGGAUCGAGAGCAGCGUGGUCGGGAUCGUGAUCGGGAUCGUCCGCGCAUGAGUGCUCAAAACAAAGGUGCUAAGCAGGAGCUGGAGUCACUGAUGCGUAAGCAAGCACACACCAGCGAGGAGAAGUAUCGAGUGCUGGAUGCACGCGAUAAGCUGAUACGUCUAAGCCAGAAUCUGCGUCGCGGUCAUGCGGACACGGAGCGGCUGCAGGGUCACUGCCGUGACAUGUGCCCAGAGAAGGAGCGCGUGUUGCGCGAGUUUCAGCGCCAGGUGGCCGUUUAUGAGCUGCAGGCCGAUUCGGAUGAGCUCAUAUGUCAUGAGCGAGCGCUAAAGCAGUAUUCACGCAGCAGUGCGGAUCAGGAAACACCACUGCCGCAUGAGCUGCGUUCCGAGUCAGCGAUGCACAUGACCAUGUGCUACCUGAUGCACGAGAUAAUGGACAUAAGCGAGCAGGAAGAAGCGCACUUGGGUGAUUGGUUUCAUUUUGUCUGGGAUCGCACGCGCUCCAUACGCAAGGAAAUAACGCAGCAGGAGCUCUGCUCCCUGGGCGCCGUCCAGCUGGUGGAACAAUGCGCACGCUUUCACAUUCACUGCGCCGCACGCCUCGUCGCCGAAGAUCCCAGCGUCUUUGAUAUUAAAAUCAAUGCAGAGAACUUGACCAAGUGCCUGCAGACCCUCAAGUACAUGUACCACGAUCUGCGCCUCAAGGGUGUGCAGUGUGAACGGGAGGCCGAGUUCCGUGGCUACAUCGUGCUGCUCAAUCUGGCCGAUGCCAACUUUCUGUGGGACAUUGGCCAGCUGCCCGUGGAGCUCCAGAGCUGUCCGCAAAUCCGACGCGCCAUUCAGUUCUAUUUGGCACUGCAGGACACGAACUUUGUGCGCUUCUUUCAGCUGGUGCGCGAGCCCGAGACAAGUUACCUGGAGGCCUGCAUACUCGUUAGCUACUUUACACGCCUGCGCAUUCUCGCUCUCAAUCGUCUGGUCCAAGCCUACAGAGCGCCGCGUAAAUAUGAGUUCUGCUCGCUCCCCAUCAGCUACAUACGCCAGCUUCUCUGCUUUGCCGAUGACGCGGAGGCGGCGGAAUUUGUCGAGGCCUGCGGCCUUAGCGUGAAUCCAGCGGAGCGUGUUGAGCUGGUGCGCAUACAUGCGCCGGAGCAAUACAAGCUGCCCAGACAGCUCGAGCUGGUGGAAUCGAAGCGAGAGGAAAGCGUAGGUGAAUGCAUUUGUGGCGAUAAGCUGCCGCCCACGUCGCUUUACCGCAGUCAUCACCCACACAACAGCUUCGACGAGAUGGGUUAUCUGAAGAGCGUCGCCUGGACGGCACGUGAUCAGCAGCCGUAUAACAGCGAGGAUCCUGCCCAGAGCAAUGAGAGCAGCAAUGACAGCGUCGAGGAUCACAGUGCGCCCAUAACAGCGCAGCCAAUAGCAACGCAGACGGAUAGUCAAAACAUCUUCAAGGUGCCGCAGUUUACAGCGCCCAUUUCGCCCAAGCACAGAGCCUCAGCCUCAACAGUGAUGCACUCGACGCUGGGAAUGGCAACGCAAACGCCAGCAGCAGGAGCAGCACCGCCACCGGCAGCAGCAAGCCGCGAUUCUAUGUUUAAUGCUUGGGGAGGCGAGCCGCAUCACCUGCAAGCGCCACAGCAAAAGAAGCCAGUCAGCUUUGAUGUUAAUAUUUUUGAUCUGGACCAGAACCAGCUCCAGCAGCAACUACGCCAAAUAGACAAACCGCCCGCGCGCGCGGAUCCCAGCGACUUUAGUGGCAAUAUUUUUGGACAGCCUCAGGAGCAGCGAUCCGAUAAGCUCAGCAAAUUUGGUGGAAAUAUAUUUGGUCAGCAUCAGGCGCAGUCGCAGCUGUCCGAAAGGCCCGUUGAGCAGCCCAAGUCAAAGCUCAGCAGCUUUGGUGGCAAUAUUUUUGGUCAGCAUCAGGCGCAGUUGGAGCAGCGUCAGCGAAAGCACGCUGAGGAGGCAAGACUGGCAGCACUUGAGCAAGCCAUAGCCGAGGAAAAGCAGCGCGAGCAACAAUUAUUGGAACAGAAACGCGCUAUGGCGGCACAGGCAGAGCGACAGCGCAAGGAGCGUCAGCUAGAGCAGCAGCGUCAACAACAACAACAGGCGGCGGCGGCGGCGGCAGCAGCGGCAGCAGCAGCAGCACAAGCAGCAGCUGAGGCAGCCAGAGCGAAGGCAGCAGCUGAAGCAAAAGCAGCCGCCCUGGCAGAGGCCGCCGCUGCAGCAGAGGCCGCCGCUGCAGCAGCGGCGAGAGCAGCAGCAAUUGAGGCAGCAGCGCAGCGUAUAUUUAACGAACUGAUUACCCAACAGACGGCAAAGAUUUGCAAGCAAGAGGCAGCGCUGCAUGGCAGAAGCUCAAUGCUAUAUGAGACGCUAUUCGCAGAGCUAACAGCAGAGAUUGUGCAGCGCGCCUACUAUGAACUGACACUGAUGCAUGUUUACUGGCGGAGAUGGCGUCGCUAUAGUCGCAGGCAGCAGCAAAGGGAUGCACUUAUGGCCUUGCUGCCGCUAAGCUUUAGAGGUGACAUCAGCGGCAGCGAGCUGGUGAGCAAUGCAGUGGUAGAGCAGCCGCUGCGUUUGCUGCGACGCUAUCGUCAAGGGGAAUCCUGUGACUAUCGCCGUUUGCUGGCUGGACUGGAGGAGCACAGCUGGUUGAAGCUGGAUUUGUGGCAGCUGCUGGCACAGUCGGUAGAGAGGCCAACGGGCGCACGCGUCUAUUACAAGUUGCUGCUGUCGCUGCCUGCGCAUGGGCUGGGCGACAUAGUGGAGCAUGCAUUGGAGCGUGGUCUGUUGCGGGAGCCGCUGCAGCAGCAGCAUCAGCUGCAGUCAAACGAGAUCAAUAGCUCAUCAGGCGAGUGUUUCAUACAAGGACUGGCGCAUAAUGUGGCGCUUUGCGUGCACAAGCUCAAGGGUGUGCCGCAGGAGCAGUCGCUGGCCAAUGCUGAUGGCAUUGUUUGCUACGUGGAUGCAUCGCAGCUGGCAGAGGCGCGACAGCGCUUGCAGCACAUAUGCAGGCACAGCGGCUGCAACAAUGUGGCCUUGAUAGUGCUGGAGAAUCAGGAGCAUCUGCUGCCAAUAGCGCUGCAGCAGCAACUGCAGUUGAAUCCGCUGGGCGCCUACCGCGUCUUUAAAUAUCCUUCGCAGUCCGAGUCGCGACGUCAGCUGCAACAGACGGUGGGGCUGCUCCAGUGCAGUGUGCAGUUCCUGGCCGAACAGCCCAAUCCCAGUCGCAGUGAACUGCAGCAGUCGGAGCUGCGCGAAUUUCUGCUCAGCAAACUGGGCGUCGGCUUGUUCCAGCGCUUGGAGCAGGCCAUGCAAGUCGAUGCGGCCAUGAAUAGCAGCUGUCGCCAAUCGCCCCAGUUCUGUGUGCGCAUCUACAAUGAAGCCGUUAGGCGACUGCAGCUGGUCGUCGGCGAGCAGCUGUCCCAUCGAUCAGCGCUGCCCGACGAGCUGCGCGUCUAUGUGCCCACGUUGCCGGAGCAAGCGCCGAUGCCUAAUCGGCUGGAGUACUUUGUGCCAGGCUGGCAGAUCAAGCAGCAACGGGACCAGCUGGUGCAGUUGCUGGCGCAAUGCAAGUUGCCAGAGUUGGAUCCACCGCCAAAGGAGGAGGAGAAACUUUGCGAAUGGUUGCUCAACUAUACGCAACGUUGUCUAGACGAAUCACUUGUUAACACGGUGGCGUUGCGUGUUAUACAAACUAUGCAGCUGCAGCUGCUGAGCGAUGGCAUCAACUACAUGCCACUCAUAGAAAUCUUUGCCAUGGAACGUCUGCAGUCGGUGCUAAAUCGUCAGGCAGCUACACUUCCCCCCGCAAUCGUCUACAAAGCCAACACGUUGCGUGAACGCUACAACUCGCAUUGGUAUUAUGACUAUGACUUGGGAGCAGCACCUAUGCCCAGGUCAACAGCAUCAGUGGCAGAGGCGACACGGAUGCGACCAAAACCGACGCCACCGCCGCCAGAGCUCAGUGUGGAGGAAGUUCUUUAUCAGGCGCAAGCGGCGUUGGAUAAAUAUGCCGAGCAGCGCGUGGAGCGCAAAACGCUUGGCAAUCUAAAUUGGCCGUUGCAGAGACUGGAACAGAGCGUGGAACGGACCAUGGAACGUGCUUGCGUUGUCUUGCAGCGCGAACAGCAACAUAAGAACCAGCAGCAGGCACAAAUAUGGGAACAACAGCGGCUAAAACAUAAACAAACUCAGGAGAAUUUGUCGGGCAGCUUGCCAGCUAAGCGUCAACGUUGUGGUUCGCCCACUUUACUGGAUCGUACCGAAGAUCUGCUUAAUAACAGCCAGACCGGGGAAGAGCGACGUGCUCUCAUGCUACAGCGUGCCAAGAAAUUUUUAUAGUUAUACAAUUCAUUUCAUUUAGUACUAAUUAAGGA